AUGUGUCAUCCCAUUGAAUCAUAUUCUUCAGGGCUAGGAACAAAAAUGUACCCAGAAACCAACUUCCCCAGACCUAUUGGUAGGACCAAUUACCUUCAGGCCGUCUUCAAAAGAGUCGGUAAUUUAUUCCCGCUGGUAAAACAUCCUAUCCUGGGAUCACAGUAG